AGAAGCAGCAGUGUGUGUGUGAGAGGUUGAAGGAUCACUCCUAUCCCGUCUUGUUUUGGGGAGACUAACCUUGUGCAUCUGAGCAUUGUGGGACUGUUUUAUGUUGUUGUUGUCGAGAGAGACGGACCCUUACUCCAGCAUGCUCACUGAGCCUGAGCUACCUCAGGAGUGUAACAGGAUGUCUUCCAAGCGACCAGCCUCUCCAUAUGGGGGGACAGAUGGAGAGGUAACCAUGGCAACCAGCAGACAGCGAGUGGAGGACGAGGAGAGCGAGGGACUGGGCGGUGUCAUCCACCUCCCCCUGGCCUCCUACUGCGGCAAGGUGUCCCCUCGUUCGCCCCCCAACCGCAACUUGGACAGCCCCCACAACACGGAGCAGGAUGGCAGUAAGGGGAGCUCGCUGAGCCCUUACCCCCAGCACAACGCUACCUCACCGGGCAAGGAGGAGGCUGGAGGUGGGGGGCGACCCUGCAGCGACGGGGGCUCGGCCGCGGGCACCCUGGGGACCCCUGAGAGGCGCAAGGGCAGCCUGGCCGACGUGGUGGACACGCUGAAGCAACGCAAGAUGGAAGAGCUGAUCAAGAACGAGCCAGAAGAGGCCCCCAGCAUCGAGAGGCUGCUGUCAAAGGACUGGAAGGAUAAACUUUUGGCCAUGGGGUCAGGGCACAUCGGAGAAAUUAAAGGUACUCCAGACAGCCUGGCGGAGAAAGAGCGCCAGCUAAUGGGCAUGAUCGGCCAGUUGAGCAGCCUGAGGGAGCAGCUCCUGGCAGCCCACGAGGAGCAGAAGAAGCUGGCCGCCUCGCAGAUGGAGAAGCAGCGGCAGCAGAUGGAGCUGGCCAAGCAGCAGCAGGACCAGAUUGCCCGGCAACAGCAGCAGCUUCUGCAGCAGCAACACAAAAUCAACCUCCUGCAGCAACAGAUCCAGCAGGUCCAGGGUCAGCUGCCUCCACUGAUGAUUCCUGUCUUUCCUCCGGACCAGAGGACUCUGGCGGCGGCCGCGGCCCAGCAGGGCUUCCUCAUGCCCCCUGGCUUCAACUACAAGCCUGGCUGCAGUGACCCCUACCCUCUCCAGCUCAUCCCCACGACAAUGGCUGCUGCCGCCGCCGCCACACCGAGCCUGGGACCCCUGCAGCUCCAGCAGUUGUAUGCAGCCCAGUUGGCGGCCAUGCAGGUUUCCCCAGGGGCCAAGCAGCAUGGAGGCAGCCUGCCGCCCCAGUCCAACCUGGGCACACACUCCCCGCCAACCAACACACACACACACAGCGACAAGGGCCGCAGCACCCCGCCGCCACCCAAGACUAAGGACAGUGAGGGUGCACAGCCACUGAACCUGUCGGCCAAGCCUAAGGCAUCCGAGAGCAAGUCACCCAACUCCCCCCCAACUUCCCCACAGGUCCCUGCUGCUGCCGCCGCCAAGCUGGGCCCCGCCGGCACCAUGAAGCACAGCGCCGCCCCCUCCAGUAUCGGAGGACCGCCUGCCAGAGUCAGCUCAAUAGCAGACUUGUUGUCGUCGCUGUCCUCGGGAACCUACCUGAACGACCACGAGGCGGUGACCAAAGCCUUCGCCGAGGCCCGGCAGAUGAAGGAGCAGCUGAAGCGAGAGCAGCAGGUCCUGGACGCCAAGGUGGCCGCCGUCAGCAACCUCAGCCUCAACAACGGACGCUCCGACAAGGACAAGGCCGCCUUGGAGAACCUGAGUCAGCAGCUGAAGCAGCAGGCGGAAGACAAGUUCAGCCACGCCAUGCUGGACUUCACCAUGAGCGGAGACUCAGACGGCUCCCCCAGCGUGUCGGACUCCAGGAUGUUCCGGGAGGCGCGGGGACGCAACAGCACCGAGCCGCACAUCAAACGGCCGAUGAACGCCUUCAUGGUUUGGGCCAAGGAUGAGAGGAGAAAGAUUCUCCAGGCCUUCCCCGACAUGCACAACUCCAACAUCAGCAAGAUCCUCGGCUCACGCUGGAAAGCCAUGACCAACCUGGAGAAGCAGCCCUACUACGAGGAGCAGGCUCGCCUCAGCAAGCAGCACCUGGAGAAGUACCCCGACUACAAGUACAAGCCGAGGCCCAAGCGCACCUGCCUGGUGGACGGCAAGAAGCUGCGCAUCGGCGAGUACAAGGCCAUCAUGAGGUCCCGCCGGCAGGAGAUGAGGCAAUACUUCAGCGUGGGGCAGCAGGGCCAGCUGCCCUUGUCCUCGGCGGGCGUCGUUUACCCCGGCGCCCUGUCCAUGGCGGGCAUGCCCUCGCCCCAGAUGCCCUCCGAGCACUCCAGCAUGUCCAGCAGCCCCGAGCCCAACGCCAACCUCCACCAGACCCCCUACAUGCCCAGCCUGAAGGGGGAGGAGCCUCGCAUCAAGGAGGAGGAGCUGCGGUUGGACGACAGCAACGGCGACGCGUACGACGACUUCGACUACGAGGACGAAGAGGCCGAGUACACGAGCGACAACGAGAACCACAUCAACCAAUAGGACGGCCCCGGAGCGCCGCCCCCGCUUCUUAAUAAGCCAAUCACAGCUGGUGAACCACCUGAACCCCACGCAAUCCCACGCCACCAAUCAGGAAGCGAACUUUUCUCUUUUGCCAAUCACCUUGAGUUCCCUCGAAUCUCACAAAAAACCCGUCCCUCCCUUUUUUCUCCCGACCAAGCCGGACUCUCGGACAGAGCCGAGCCCCUCCCACUCGGAGUCCUGAUACCAGCAUCCGACCAAUCAAUUGAAGCACAGGACCUGUCACUCACACUGACUGUUACACAAACUGGAGUCCGGGAGGAGGAGGAGGAGACGACCAGGCUAGCUCCGAAGCUCGCCGAGGAAUAAUUUUGAGUACUACUGCUUUUUUUUUAGCGUGUGCUUUUGCGAGAGUACGAUACGCCCCGAGGCGAGGCGGCUCCCGACGUCUCCCGCCGCGAGCGAAGCUACAGACCGCGGAGAAACGAAAAUCACACUCAGACAGACAGCGACCUUUUUAGACCCCGUUUGUAGACGAGGAGACGUUUCGGAAAAAAAAAAACGAACGAAGGAACAGUGGACCUGUCGGAGGAUCAUAGAUGACACUUUAAGAUGGUGGACCUGUUUGUUUAUUAUCAAGAGACACUUUUAAAA